AUGGGAUUGAAGAACACAAUUACUUCAGACAAUAGAAAUAUCAAAACACUUAUAAGUCUAUUUCCCAGCAUGGGCUUAAAAAAGGUCAGACUAAAGAAAACAAAUAAUUCCAGCGAUAGUAUUUCAGAUGAGGAUUAUGCCAAUACACAGUCCAUAUCGAUAUCACGUAGCAGCCUGAGUUCCAGUUCUGCUUCGAGGACUAGAAGAUUGAGCUCAGGUACCCACUCAAUGCGAAAGGUAAAUAGAAGUCAAGCUAAGAGAAUUAGCUCUGGAAACAUAAUUAGUUCACUGCAAGCAUUGAAAGGGAAAAAUUGCUUUCCCUCUCCCCUUGAUACCAGGGUAUUUGGCCCCGAGGAGAAAUUAGAUGGUUAUGCGAUCUCGGUGACUAGUUUAGAUGAAGAUGAAACAUCCCCAUACAAGAUAGAUAUUACUCUAGAAAACCUAACAAGAAUAGACAAUGUGAAGGACCUAGAAGAGUGUGCUAACAAUAAAGUGAUACAAUUAGAUAUCAUAAAUAAUCCUGUACAUCGCGGAGCUUCACGAAUAUUUACGGAAUUUAACAUUUCCCUCUUGUUUAAGUUAAUGAUCCAUGUAAUGGUUUAUUUGUUCGUGCUUUAUAUUAUACUGAAAAAAGUCUUAGGGUAA